AUGAUGACGACUUCACUGGUCGUACGUGGCGUAACGUUCGAUUUAGAUGACACUUUAUGGUGUGGUCAGACCGUCAUCCAUAAAGCAACUACCGCUUUUCAUGCUUUUUUAGCAGAAAAGACACCACAAUUGGCAAAGAAAUUUCCUCCUGCCACGUUUGAUGCACUUUUGAUGGAAUUUCAACGAUCGAUUCCGGACAAAGCACAUGAUUACACGUUUCUUCGGAAAUAUACUCUUCAUUAUUGUGUGGACGUAUGUGGAGCUCAAAAUUUACAACUGGAGGACCAAAUGCAUCUCAAAACGUUUAUAAAUGCUGCAUUGCGAGCUUUUUUAAUUCCUCGUAGUCAACCGGACCUUUUUGACGGUAUUGAAAACUUGUUUCAAGCUUUGGAAUUAGAGAUUCAACGGUGUCACGAUACUAGCCCUUUGAUGGGCGUUAUUACCAAUGGGAAUUGUGAAAUGGAUAAAUUACCUCGUUACUUUCAACAAUACAUGAACUUUGUCGUAUCAGCGGAACUUGUAGGCACGGCUAAACCGAAUCAAGCGAUUUUUGACGCGGCGAUCGCGAAAUUUCCAGCACUUGAUAAUCGUCAGCAGAUUGUACAUGUUGGUGACCAUUACAAGUGUGAUGUGGAAGGAGCAAAACGUGCUGGAUUACGUACUAUUUGGGUGAAUGCAAAGUGGACGAAACCCGAUGUAUUGACGCGAGCCGAAUUAUCUCAAGACGAUGCAGAGCAGUAUGCUGCUGCAGACGCUAUUGUAAAAAAGGUGAACGCUGUACUACUUGUUGUAAAACACUGGAACAUACUUGCUGCUCCAUCCGAGUAA